CAGGGUUAACCUCCAUUUCCACUAACCAUGGGAGAGAUUAAAGUCUCUCCUGAUUAUAAUUGGUUUAGAAGUACAGUUCCCCUCAAAAAGAUUAUUGUAGAUGAUGAUGACAGUAAAAUAUGGUCGCUCUAUGAUGCAGGCCCCAGAAGUAUUAGGUGUCCUCUCAUAUUUCUUCCCCCUGUCAGUGGAACUGCAGAUGUAUUUUUCCGGCAGAUUUUGGCUUUGACUGGAUGGGGUUACCGGGUUAUAGCUUUACAGUACCCAGUUUAUUGGGACCAUCUUGAAUUUUGUGAUGGAUUCAGAAAACUUUUAGACCAUCUACAACUGGAUAAAGUUCAUCUUUUUGGGGCUUCUUUGGGAGGCUUUUUGGCCCAGAAGUUUGCUGAAUACACUCACAAGUCUCCCAGAGUCCACUCACUCAUCCUGUGUAACUCCUUCAGCGACACCUCUAUCUUUAACCAAACGUGGACUGCAAACAGCUUUUGGCUGAUGCCAGCAUUUAUGCUAAAAAAAAUAGUCCUUGGAAACUUUUCAUCUGGCCCAGUGGACCCUAUGAUGGCUGAUGCCAUUGAUUUCAUGGUGGACAGGCUGGAAAGUUUGGGCCAGAGUGAACUGGCCUCAAGACUUACCCUGAAUUGUCAAAAUUCUUAUGUGGAACCUCAUAAAAUUCGGGACAUCCCUGUAACCAUUAUGGAUGUGUUUGACCAGAGUGCACUUUCAACUGAAGCUAAAGAAGAAAUGUACAAACUGUAUCCUAACGCCAGGAGAGCUCACCUUAAAACAGGAGGCAAUUUUCCCUACCUGUGCAGAAGUGCAGAGGUGAAUCUUUAUGUACAGAUACAUCUGCUGCAGUUCCAUGGAACCAAAUAUGCAGCCAUUGACCCGUCCAUGGUCAGUGCCGAGGAACUCGAGGUACAGAAGGGCAACCUUAGCAUCAGUCAGGAGGAGCAGUAGUUCUGGCUCUUCUGAGAUAAUGACCCACCCAGCGUGUUCUGUACAAUCAGUGACGUCAGUGCUCCAGCCACCCCUGUUCGGAUUGGCUGGGUUCACCGCUUAUCACUGUGGUUUGGAAGUAGGACUGAUUGUCAUCUUCGUGACAGGAGGCAGUUCUUCUAAGCCAGUGCACCUGUUUCCUCUUCAGGUUUUUUUCUUUUUCUUUUUCUUUUUUUUUUUAAGCUUUUGAAUUUGAAGAAGUCCUUUUGAAGUACUCCCAUUUUAAGGAUUGUGAAAUUUUUGCUACCAAGUCUUCACCACUGUGUUUUUAAGUGACUUUUAAUUUCUGAGGUUUGGGAUGUUGUGAAGGUUUUCUUUUUCCUUUCUCUUUCUUUCUUUCUUUUUGUUGUUUGCUGUAAAUGCUGCACAUUGAGAUUGUGUGUUAGGACAUGGAUUGUUUCUAUGCUUUCUUGAUUGUAACUGUUAUCAGAGUGCCAAGGCUAUCACCCCACUGUUUGUCUCCUGCAAAUCAACUAUUUUUCAUUUCCAUUUAAGCAAAUUAUUUUGACUUUUAGCUGUUGUCUUUCUAGCUAUAACAGUCAUUUUGAAUAAAAGUUCAAUUUCAUUGA